CACUAGCGAAACCCACCUGCAAAACUCACUCCAUAUUCUCUCUCUCUCUCUCUGUCCAUCUCUUGUCUUCUCCUUCAUCACCCACUUGCUCUGCUUUUUAAUCCAAAAACCUCUCUAUUUUUCUUUUACCAAACAUUGUCUUGCUCUUACUACAUGCAGACAGUUUUGUCUUUUGCUAUGGAAGGUGUGCUUAAGCUCAAGAUUUUCAGAGAGAAGAUGAUUAUGUGAGUUUUUUUUUUCUUCUCUCUCUCUCUCUCUCUCCUAAGCCCCUAGUACGACUCAUCAUCUCUGUUGAAGAAGAAGAAAGACAUACUCAUAUGUUAUUUAGUGUUUCAUUUUCUUUUACCAUCUUCUUAUUCCAUCUUCAUCUAUCAGUCUUUUUCAUGGAACUGUUCUAAGUGUUUCCUUCCUUCCUUCCUUCCUCUCUCUCUCUCUCUCUCCCCACUCCACUAUUAUCAAGAGAGAGAUAGAAAUUUGUACAGCAAAAGAGAGAGUUCUGUUUGCUCAUUCUGGUUUUUGUCCUCAAUUCUCAUGGCUAGCUAUCUACUACAUACAUGCUAGUGAGUUCAUUGAAGUUCCUUCAUUUUAGAUUUCAGCAGCUCUCCCUCUCGCUCUCAUCUUGUUCAUGAAUUUCAUAAGUGGGUAAUUUCCUUUGGUCUGAAAGGACUACUAUGUUCAAGAUAUGGUGUCAAGAGUCCUCCAUAGGUGUGUGUGCUAGCUAGCUAGUUGUAUAUAUAUGUGUGUGUGUGUGUGUGUGUGUGUGUGUGUGUGUGUGGAGUGUGUUGCUUCCAAAAGAGUAGACAAUUCUUAAGAAAGGAAAAAAAAUCCUAAGAAUUUAAACAGUCAACACUCAAUAAUUUAAAAUUAAUCAUUUAGGCCCCUUAAGUCUCCCCUCUCUCUCCUGUCUUGUUCCUUCUCUUUUGGUCUCCAAACAAACAACACAAAUAAUAAUAAAAAAAAAACAAAGAAGCACAAAGAAAAAGAAAGAUAAGGGUUGUGUGUGUUUGUGUUUGUGUUUGUGUUUGUGUUUGGGAGACUAGAAAAUAGAGGGGAAAAAUGGAUCUUUCAAGUCAAGAAGGGGAGAUCCCAAUUCCAAUCAACAGUUCAUAUGGGCAUGGUCACAUGAUCCAUCAUGAUGCUACACCCCACAAUCACAUAAUUCCCCAACCUCAACCUCAACCCCAAAUCCAAAUCCAAAUCCCCUCCUCCAACAAUGGCUCCAUACCCACAUCCACAACCACAACACCACCACCCCUCCUAGAGGACCAUCAUCAUGUGCCCUACAAAAAAAUGAUCAGGUACAGAGAAUGCCUCAAGAACCAUGCAGCUUCCAUGGGAGGGAAUGCCACAGAUGGGUGUGGUGAGUUCAUGCCUAGUGGAUUGGAGGGUACCCUAGAAGCCCUAACUUGCUCAGUUUGUAACUGCCACAGAAACUUCCACAGAAAAGAAAUUGAAGGUGAGCCCUCUUCCUGUGAUUGCUUCCCCGCCACCACCACAAACAGAGUUGGGAUUGGGAGAAAAUUCAUUUUGGGCCACCACCACCAUCAUAAGAACAUUUUUGGUCCAGAUGCUUUAGCGUACCCUACAAGUGCCCUAAUCCCAACUCCUAGACCAACACAAGCCCACCAGAUGAUUAUGUCCUACAAUUUGGGAUCACUUCCUUCUGAGUCUGAUGAACAAGGUGAAGGUGGUGGUGGAGGGGUGGUGGUGGCUAGACCAUCAUCUCAUCAGCUGGUGAAGAAGAGGUUCAGGACAAAGUUUUCUCAGGAACAGAGAGAGAAAAUGCUCAACUUUGCUGAGAAAGUUGGGUGGAAAAUUCAGAAACAAGAGGAAUCUGUGGUGCAACAGUUUUGCCAAGAGAUUGGAGUCAAGAGAAGAGUCCUCAAGGUUUGGAUGCACAACAACAAGCACAAUCUAGCCAAGAAGAGCCCCAAUUCCACUGAUCAAAAUCCAGUUUAGAGAAGAUGAAGAAGAAGAAAAAAA